AUGGACAAGUCUCACCUUUCCAGCCCUAAUGACAUUAUCAUGACGAGUUCAACAGGCCCAUACCCACAGGAACCCCUCACUCCCCCCAGGCCCAACCACCACCACUCCUCGUCAUCUUUAUCUUCGCCUUCACCCUCAUCGUCCUCCUCGCCCCUCAAGCCCAAUCAGGUCGGCCAAGUGGUCCUGUAUGGCGUUCCGAUUGUGUCGUUGGUCAUCGAUCACAACGAGAGACUUUGCCUUGCGCAGAUUUCAAACACACUGCUCAAAAACUACAGUUACAAUGAAAUCCAUAACCGGCGCGUGGCACUGGGCAUCACCUGCGUCCAGUGCACUCCUGUCCAAUUGGAAAUCCUCCGCCGUGCCGGGGCGAUGCCCAUCUCGUCACGUCGCUGUGGCAUGAUCACCAAACGAGAGGCAGAGCGCCUUUGCAAGUCCUUCCUGGGGGAGAACAUGCCUCCGAAACUGCCCGACAACUUUGCCUUUGACGUGACCCACGAGUGCGCCUGGGGUUGCCGUGGCAACUUUAUUCCUGCGCGUUACAACAGUUCACGGGCCAAAUGCAUCAAGUGUUCCUUCUGCAACAUGUACUUCUCCCCAAAUAAGUUUAUUUUUCAUUCCCACCGCACGCCGGACGCCAAAUACACCCAGCCCGAUGCUGCCAACUUCAAUUCGUGGCGGCGACACCUCAAACUUAGCGACAAACUUCCGGCAGACGAAUUAGUUUACGCUUGGGAAGAUGUGAAGGCUAUGUUCAACGGAGGAAGUCGGAAAAGGGCGUUGCCCUCGGCAGGCCACUGUCAUUCUAUGGGUCCUAUGAAAACCGUAGGCUCGGUGAUGCCUCACAUGAUGGGAGGCGACAUUAAUGCUCAGAAAAGAGCCCACUUUGAUGAUGAAGACGACCUUGAAGGAGGUGGUUUGUCUCCCCGUAAGACACCGCGUAGUUACCCUGUCAUCCCUGUACCUAGCAAAAGCUUCGGCAUGCUCCAAAAGUUCCCCCCAACAUCGCUUUUCCCAUCGCCGUACCCUUUCCCGGCAUUCGGCCUCUGUCAGCAGAAAAAAGAGGACAGUGAGGUUUCAACCGGACACAAAGGAACAGGACUGUCGGGUCUUUUGUGGCCCGGACGUAAGGAUGCUUUUUAUCCUCCUUUUUGCAUGUUUUGGCCUCCGAGGGCAGCGGGUGGGAUCCCCGUGCCUACAUACCUGCAGCCUCAGCCUAGCCUUUCUUCCCUGGCUGACAAUCCCUCCCUGAGGCAGGCCUUCCUGGACCUGUCCGACUCCUCUGAACCUGUAACUGGCAACAGUGUUAGCACAAAUAUGACCCCCAACAGCGGAAGCGUCGCAUCUAGAUCUGGUCUCUUUGACCCUGAUUGUUCAAUGGUAACCCCUGACCUUCGGCCUGUGACUUCAGAAAGUUGGCUCAAACUAUUAGACAACCCAACACUCCAAACCAGAAAGCCCAGCUAUGGUUCAGCCUUCCGCCCUGUUGUCAAGGAUGCAGAGAGUAUCGCUAAGCUCCACAGCAAUGGAGGAGGUGUCGCCGGGGUGACGGAUGACGAGUCGGGGGUCAUUGUGGCCGGGUCGGACUGCCACCCGCGGCUGUCGCCCAGCAGCAGCUGUAGUUAUGGUAGUGAAAGCGGGGGCGAAGGAGAAGUGGAGGGAGGGGAAAGUGAGGAAGAUGGAGAGGUGGAUGUGGAGUCCUCUAAACAGGAAGACGAAGAAGAAGAGGGGGGCUUCACAAGGCGGCCCCCACAGACUCAAACAAACCUGUUCCUGCCCACGGUGAGCAACAGUGAGGAUCAGGAGAAGGAGAGGGGGAGUGUUACAACGUAUCCCGGCGCUUCCCCUCCCUCCUCUUUGGACCCCGUCCGUCAGGAGUCCCCCAGCCUGCCCGCCUCUUCACCCGCCAGCUUGCCGCUCCCGAGCUCCAGCCCGGUGCACAGAGAAGACACUUCUUACAAAAACGUGGACAAAAACAGAAAUGAAGGACUACCUGCCUACGCAACCAAAGACUCCAUGUCAGAUGAGAAUAAAGAGCAGAACGGCUUCUUUGGUGCCGAAAAUGAGACAUCAGCGCCGGACUACUGGAGGGAAAAUACAGGCGACCAAAGUCAAGGGAGUUCGUCUCCUGUGCAGCUAAAGAAGGAUGUAGAGAAUAUGGAGAAAGAAGAGCUCCAGAAGGUACUCUUGGAGCAGAUCGACUUCAGGAGGAGACUGGAGCAAGAGUUUCAUGCUCUGAAGGGAACCUCCCCAUUUCCUGUCUUCCAUAAUUUCCAAGACCAGAUGAAAAGAGAGCUUGCCUACAGAGAAGAGAUGGUUCAGCAUUUACAGAUGAUUCCGUACGCAAACAUUAUUAGAAAAGAAAAGAUCACCUCCCAUCUUAAUAAGUAG